AUGGAGAGAUUACAACAAUUAUUAAAACAGCAGUCAUUGACACAAACACCCUUUCAACAACAACAACAACAACAGAAACAAAUGCAGAAUCAGUUAUUCAACUCACAAAGCUAUAUGAAUUCUACAAAUUCCCAUGAAAAACAUGUUAAUAACGAAGAUGAUGAUGAUGAUGAAUCAUUACAAGAAUUUUCAAAACCUAAUAAUAACCAAAGCCAUCAACAACAAAAACAAACUCAAUUACCACAACAGACAUCGCCACCUAUAUACCAACAAAAUUUUUCACAACAAGAACAACAAUUAGAACAGUCAACCAAAUCAGAGUUUUCAUUUCGUCAUCAAUCACAAGCACAACAAUCUUCUCAAGCAUCAUCGCUACAACCAUCAAUGGAGCAACCGUCGACAUUGAUGUCUUUGGAAAGUACUCAACAACAGCAACAACAACAACCGACUGAUCAACCAUUCAACCGAAAAUUUCGUCAAUCUUGGCGUAAAACUCCAGAUAAUUUACCAACUAAAGAAUUGAAAAAAGCAACUAAAUUACUAGAUAAUGAUAUUAGUUUACAAGAUGACGAUUAUGAAGAAGAGAUGACAGAAGAUGAUAUAUUUAAAUUACAUGAAGAAUUGGAAAAUGCACGAGUACAAAAUAAUGAAAUGAAAACAGCAUUAAUUGAAGCUCGUACUAUUAUUGAUCAACAACAAAAUCAAUUAACGGAAUUUCGGCGAUAUGCUGCACAAUAUCAAACUGAUGCUGAAGCAUUUAAAAUGAAAAGUAUGUUUUUACUAAAUAAUACACAAACACAUGAUGAACAAGUCAAUAUAUUAAUUAAUGCAUGUGAACGUUUAGAAGCGGAAGUUGAUGCACUCACUUGGCAAUUAGAUCGAACUAAACAAUCAUUAGAUUUAAAAACACAAGAAUGUAAUUUUCUUAAUGAACAAUUAGAUGAAAUACAAUUGAAUGGUAGUUAUCAUAGUCCUAAUUUAACAGUAGAUAAUCAUAAUCAUAAUCAUAAUCAUCAUACAAGUAGUAUAAGUAGAUUAGAUAAAUUAAAAACUGGUACUGAUCAAUGUAAUUCUAUAUUAAGUACAGAAUAUAAAUCAUUCACAGGUAAUAGUCAAUUAUUACAAAGGAAUACAAUGAUGUCAGAAUCAGAUAUAAAUAAUGAUAUAAAAAAACUUCAUGAUGAAAUUAUUAAUUAUGAAAAAAAAGAAAAACAAUGGGAAGAAACACAUGAAGAAUUAUUACAGAGACAAAAAUUAUUAGAAGAAGAGAAAAAACAACAAGAUUUAAUUAUUGCUCGAUUAGCUAAUGAACAGGUAGUUGGAAAAAACCUUAAUAAUUCACAGGUUAGUUGUAUUAUAUAUAUAUUUUUUUCUGGUUAG